AUGGCUGCCACUGUCUCAGGAUUUAAUCCUCGGACCCAACUCCUUCCUCACAUCGUCGAUCACUAUGCCACGGUCAAACCCGAGGCCAUCUACGCGGAGUAUCCGGUCUCGUCCAUGGGCUAUGAGGACGGCUAUCGACCGAUCACGUUCAAAGCCUUUGCAAAUGCCAUCAAUGGUACUGCCUGGUGGCUGGUGGAUAAGCUAGGACCCGGCAAUGGCGAAAUUCUGGCAUACGUAGGACCCAAUGAUCUUCGAUACCCGGCAUUGAUACUGGGCGCCAUCAAGGCAGGAUACCGCAUGUUUCUUACCUCCCCCCGGAACAGCGUCGCUGCUCAUAGCAGUCUGUUGAAACGGCUGAAUUGUACCAAGCUGGUCGCCCCGGUUCCUCGUCCGGCCUCAGUCACAGCCAUUCUGGAGGCACAGACGCUGGACGUGCUAGAUGUCCCCAGUGUGGAUGACUUGGUCAACAAGGAAUAUCCGCAUUUCGACUUCCACAAGUCAUAUCCAGAAGCCGCCGAGGAAUCUCUGGCUGUGAUCCACACGUCUGGCUCCACCGGUAUCCCCAAACCGAUCUUCUGGACUCAUGACACUGCCAGCAAGCACAUGCAUAUGACCGUCUUGGAUCCUCCCGAGGGCUUCGACAGUCAAGACAGCCGAUUGUUUGGCAAGAGAAUGUUUCUUGUUCCACCCCCAUUCCAUGCAGCUGGGCUGGCCUAUUCGCUGUUUAUCAGCAUUCCUGUCGGCACAACCAUUAUCUUUCCCGCAUCCGGGGGUCUUCCUACCGCUGCGGCACUUGUAGAGGCUAGGAAGAAGACCCAAAUUGAUGUUCUUUUGGGUGUACCGUCAAUCAUUCAAGAGCUUUCACAGAGCCCCGAACUCCUAGACUACUGCAGUAAGCACCUGAGCUGCUUGGCGUAUUGUGGCGGAGAUCUACCCCAGCUUAUUGGCGACACAGUAGCGUCCAAAAUCCGACUUAUGAGUAUGUAUGGCGCAACGGAAACAGGACUCAUCAACACGAUUCACUCGAAAACAAACCGUGAUCCGCUCAAGGACUGGAGAUAUAUCGAAAUUAAUCCCCGGAUGGGUGCCGAGCUACGCCAUGUUGCUGACAAUGAAUAUGAGCUUGUUAUGGUCCGCAAUCCGGAGUACAAAACAUACCAGUUCCCUUUUACCAUCUUUCCUGAUCGACAGGAAUAUCACACCAACGAUCUGUUUGUGCGGCAUCCUGAUCCUCAUAAGCCAGACCUCUGGCGCUGGAGCGCUCGUACCGACGAUGUGAUUGUUUUUCUUAACGGUGAAAAGACGAACCCGGUGUCGAUGGAACAACACAUUGCUGCAUCUAAUUUAGAAGUGACUGCCGUGUUAGUGGUUGGGGCGCGCCGCUUUCAAGCAUCCCUCCUAGUCGAGCUUGGAGAAAGACAUCUCGAUGCAACAGAUUGCGCCGCCAUGAUCGAGAAACUCUGGCCCAGCAUUGAAGAAGCCAAUGCUGUGUGCCCAGCCCAUGCGCGCAUCACCAAAACCCAUAUUCUGUUCACCAAGCCUGAUAAACCCAUGCUUCGCGCUGGAAAGGGAACCAUCCAGCGAGCGGGCACGCUGGCUCUGUAUGCAUCAGAGGUGGAUGCCUUGUAUGCUGAUGCAGAUGAGUUGCAGGGGAACAGUGAGCAGGCCGGUCCUGGCCAUGUGGACGAUCCCCAGAUUCUCUCGGAUUAUAUUCGGCAAACGAUGAUCAAUAUCACUGGGUGGGAUGAACUCACCAAUAGUGAGAAUUUCUUCCAUCUCGGACUGGAUUCUUUGCAGACUAUCACUGCCACUCGGACAUUCCGAAGAGGCCUUGACUUUGCGGAGUUCAGCCCCAACCUGAUCUAUCUGCAUCCUUCUGUGACGGAACUCACCGAGGCGGUGCUGCGCAUCCAACACCAUCAGGAGGCUUCUGCAGAGGCCUUGAAGCAGGCCCAGCUACAACAGCGGGAGCAUAUACUGCAGGAAAUGGUCAGAGAAAUAGCCACCAGGCCCAGUGGACACAUCAGUCUGGUGCCAGAGAGCCAUACAGUCAUCCUUACCGGCUCGACUGGCAACCUGGGCACAUACAUUCUCGACGCGUUGUUGAGAAGCCCAUCCAUUACCCACGUGCAUUGCCUGAAUCGCAAAGCCGACGCUAUUGACAUACAUCGUCAAAGGAGCGAAGCAUACUCAUUAAACCUCGAUCUAUCCCGCAUCAGCUUCUGGACGGCAGAUCUAUCCCAACCAGACUUGGGUUUACAACCCGACAUCUUCACAACCCUACAACAAACCACCACACUCAUCAUCCACAACGCCUGGGCCGUCAACUUCAAUCUCUCCCUCCCCUCCUUCAAACCCAACCUAGCCGGCGUCGUAAACCUAAUCAACUUCGCUCAAUCCCCCAAAUCCCCCCACCUAUUCUUUAUCUCCUCCAUCAGCUCCACAAUGGGCCAUCGCACCGACACCGGCCUGACACCAGAAACAGUCAUCCAAACCAACAUUCCAGCCCCCAACGGCUACGCAGAUAGCAAAUACCUCGCCGAGCUACUACUCGACCACGCUGCCCACCAGAGCCAUAUACAUACCUCAUUCGCCCGAGUCGGUCAAGUUGCCGGUGCAGUGCGCUCGCCUGGCCUAUGGAACAAAGCCGAAUGGUUCCCGAGCCUCGUCAUGAGCUCUCUCCACAUCGGUGCUCUACCUGAUACGUUCGGCCCGGCUCUGGAUCGCAUCGACUGGAUGCCGAUUGACCUGUUAGCUGAGGUGUUGGUGGAGUUGGCGCUGGAUGAGCAGAGUGUCCAUGGGGGAGUCAACGUGUAUCACCCGGUGAAUCUGCAUCCGUUGUCUUGGGAGGAUAUUCGUCCGGUGGUGGCGGAGGCGCUGUCCAAGGUGUCGGGGAAGAUGGUGGAAACUGUGCCGUUCCGGGAAUGGACAGUGUUGACGAGGAAUCCUGCGGCUAAGCUGCUGGAGUUUUUCGAGGGGGUUAUGGCUCAGACUGGACGGGAGAAUGUCCUGGAUACGGAGGGUACAGCGCGACUGAGCGAGAAGCUGCGGAUGGUGGAUGCGGUGCGGUCGGAGUGGGUUGAGAAGUGGGUGGGGGAGUGGGUUGAUUGA